ACUCCUCCGUAGACUCCAGAGCCUUUCCCCUCCUCCGAACAGCCGUCGAAACCCUAGCCCCUCCUCCUCCCCCGCCCCGCCGUCGCCAUGGGGAAGAAGCGGAAGCUCGAUUCCAAAUCCCCCGCCGCCGCUAGGUCCGCCGCCGCCAGGGCCGCAGCAGCCGCGGCCGCGGCGGCCGCCGCCGCGGUCGCCGAGAUUGAGGAGCCGUCCUCCCAGCCCGAAGCCCUAGGCGAGGACCCGGCCCUCUCGUCGCAGCCGCUCGGCCAAGCCGGCGAGGGGAUGAUGCCCUCCCAGGAGGCUGGCGGCGAGGAGGGGGAGGAGGAGGUGGAAGAGGUGGAGGUGGAAGAGGAGGUGGAGGUGGACGAGGAGGAGGAGCUGGAGAGCGACGCCGCCUCGAUCCACGGGCUGCUGGACUCGUUCCCCAAGGACCAGCUCGUCGAGCUGCUCCGCGACGCCGCCGUGGCCCACGAGGACGUGCUCACGGCCAUCCGCCGCGCCGCCGACGCCGACCCGGCGCAGCGGAAGAUCUUCGUCCACGGCCUCGGCUGGGACGCCACCUCGGAGACCCUCACCGAGGCGUUCAGCCCCUACGGCGAGAUUGAGGACCUCAGGGUCGUCACGGACCGUGCCACGGGCAAGUGCAAGGGCUACGGUUUCAUCCUCUUCAGCCGCCGGUCCGGCGCCCGUGCUGCCCUCCGUGAGCCCCAGAAGAAGAUCGGCAACCGCACCACGGCCUGCCAGCUUGCCUCUGUUGGUCCUGUCCCACCUGGUGGCAUGCCCAAUAUCCCUGCACCAACCGCAGCUCCAGCACAAUUGGUACUGCCGCCAGUGUCUGAGUACACGCAGCGGAAGAUUUUUGUCAGCAAUGUGGGUGCAGAUAUAGACCCGCAGAAACUGCUGCUGUUCUUUUCAAAGUAUGGUGAGAUUGAGGAGGGCCCUCUUGGACUCGAUAAGGCCACCGGGAAGCCGAAGGGCUUUGCUCUAUUUGUGUACAAGACCCUUGAGGGUGCCAAGAAAGCGCUUCAGGAGCCACACAAGCAAUUUGAGGGGGUUGUGCUGCACUGCCAGAAGGCGAUUGAUGGACCGAAGCCCAACAAAGGUGGAGGACUUGGAGGCUUGUAUGGUGCUGGCACUUCAGGUGGGAGGAAAGGAGCUGCUGGUUAUGGAGCUCAUAGUCAUUCUUUGCCUGGUGCUGCUGUUGGUGGCCAUGUGAUGACUCCUCCAGUGUCCAGUUUGGCUUCAUUGCCAGGAGGUGUAGCUGGUGGCCCAGGGGUGAAUCCUGCUCUGGGGCAGGCUUUGACCGCUCUACUUGCCUCCCAGGGUGGAGGGUUGGGUCUGAACAACAUUCUGGGAGUUGGCGCAAAUGGUUCAGGGUUGACUAACCCAGGGGCUUCUGCAGCACUUGGUGGUAGUGGUCUGCCUGGAGGUUAUUUGGGCGGCUAUGGGGGUGGUGGUGGGUAUGGCGGUACUCCACCAGGAGGCCCAGGAAGAAAUUACAUGGGUCAUUAGGAUGCUUAUAGCUAUUUUACUGUGGCCAGAUGAUUCUACGUGUUCCUGCUUCGCACUUAUAAACUUGCUGUUUUAAGCUGUUUCUGGCAAAUCAAUUACUCUAGUGGUCAAAGUUUUCAUAAGAACUUUGUUUGCUCAAUCCUAUCUUUUAAAAGUAAGCAGUAUGUACGACUAUUUAGAUUUUCGAAUGGCCAUCAGGUGGCUUGUGACUUUAUUGUAAAAGACCUUGUGUGGAUUUAAAGAACCAUGGACCUUUUCUACAUCAUUUUAGCUAAUGAGUGCAGUUUUUCAGCAUAA